AUGUUCUGCCCAGUCUUGCGGUAUGCGAUCUUGACUGCGUCUGCUGGUCAUCUAAUACGCAUGACUUCUUGCCGGGGAAAAUCAACCCCCGUGUCAAUCAAUGGAAUUGAACUUCCCAGAAUAAAUGUGGACGCAGUUGUUCACUAUCAUGAUACUUGUAUCUCAUAUUUAUUGGAGCUGUCCAAGGAUCCAAAUGAGCAGUAUAAUGAGGAUGUCUUAGCCGCUGCCACAAUACUAAGAUUCUAUGAGCAGAUAGACGCUCCAUCGAUUGGCAUCGACUCGGAAGCGUACCUAAGUACCGUUCAAUUCAUCGUGAGCUCCCAGCAAGAUGAUUCCUUCUACGCAUACGAUACUAUUCAUGGUCCACGGAGAAACCGGGAUCUCCACGCCAUUCCAUCAACAUCACUCCGUCAUUCUGCAUGUCUGAUCGCCCUUCGACAAGAAAUUUGGAGCGCCUUUCUCAAUCAACGCACCUUCCGUCUUCCAGUAUGCCCGACUAACGGCUAUACUCAAUUAGAUCCUGUCAACGACUUCACCUGGACAAAUCGAAUUCUCGUAUGGUGUGCGGAUCUUCUGAAGUUCUGUUUCGGCGAAGGCAAAUCUUUACCCUUUAGCGAAAAGAUGAAAAGGUGGUCAGUAUUGAAGGCGUUCGACUUGAAGUGGGAAUCCAAUAAACCGCUAGAAUUCAAGCCGCUUUAUUUCGAAGAAGCGGACCCGUCGUCAGGGAAGUUCUUCCCGGUAAUUUGGCACCAGAAUGCCUGUCAAGCCGUUGGAUCCCAGCAUAUUGAGCUCUCUCGUAUCCUCCUCGCAGUCUCCGAUCCGAAGCUUUCUCGUCUUGGUCUGGCUGCUCGUCAAGCAAAUCUGGCACUGGAAGAGGAAUUGAGGUGCAUCAUUCGCCGGCUCGUUGGGUUGGCUUUGUCGAAUUCAAAGUGUCCUGUGCUUUUUGUCAAUGCUGCUGUUGGUAUCUCGGUCUGCGGAGAGUACCUUAAGGACCCUGCAGAGCAGAACGCCGUUCUUGAAUUCCUGGCCGAUCUGGAGUUUCAGCAUGCGUGGCCAACGGCUGCUUCUGCUUCCGCGCUAAAGGAGGCUUGGCAAGUAAGGGCUAUGUCAUGA